AUGUCUGAGCGUCGUCGCGCCCCCGGCGACAGCAACCCCUCCGGCCAGCACGUUCGUGCGCAACUCUCCACCUCGGUCCGGCAGUUCCUCUUUUGCCUCACAUGCGUCCAGCUCAAUGUUAUAAACUGGAUCCAGGCAGGGGCCGAGCAUGGUUUCGGGUCUCGUUUUGAGUUUCGCUGUGUUCAGGACUCCGGUAACUCCAAUGACUGCCAGAACUGUGCCCAGGAGGGUCGGAAUUGCGAGCAGGUUCCUGCUGGGAUCGAAGGCCACCGUUACGAGUUGCUCUCCCUGAUCGCCUGGGUGAACCUGAUGUGGGGAUCCUAUGACCCCACACGGCCAUAUUUCGACGGGUUUGAGCGUAACUGGAUCUUGCCUGGCCGGGUCCUCGCGCAGCUGGGGGCCAAGAUUGCCAACCUUUGCCAGUCCUUUCGUCUGCUGGCCCAGAAUCACAUUGACGAGCAUGGAAUCUAUAGCGGUUGCUCGCGGGCUCGUCGUGCCCACUACCGGAACUGGCUUCUCAGUCGCCAGCCUAUCCCCUGCGCGAUCGAGCUUGACGGCAGUCCUGAGAGAUUUGCAGAUUUCUCCCUCUCGAAGCAUAAGUCCAUUGACACGGAAGACCAUGUCCACAAUUGGUAUGGUGCAAUUCGCAGCUUCCGGCAGAGUGUCACUCGCCACGUCGAGGAUGGUGUUCGAGGCACUAUCCACCAGAACGAUUAUGCAGGCUUCCUUGGCCGCUUUCCGGAUCGGAUACUCCCUGCGUUUCCCCAUGGUUUUCAGUGA